AUGAGCAGAUUACUUUCUACUUCGCCUAAUAUUCAACACCUUUCCUCCUCUUCUGUUCAGAAUGCGGCACGGUCGGUGGCUUAUAUUUCUCUUGGAACUAACUUCGGUGGAAAUUUGCGUUUAAAGACAAUUGAAAGUGCUCUUGAAAGUAUUCAAAAGAAUGUAGGCAUUAUUGAUGGAUGUUCUUGUCUGUACGAGUCGUUGCCAGGGUAUGAUGUGCUGUACGCACAGCAGCAGCGGCCGCAACAGCGGCAGCAAGAGCAGCAGCAAGAGCAGCAGCAGAAUAAGGAAGCUCACGAUCUCUCUUUACCGCUGCAUCUUAAUGCAGUUGUGCGGGUAAAAACAGAAGAAAAAAGCCCUUUUGCUGUUUUAGAGGCUCUGCAAACCAUUGAACGCGAACAUGGUAGAGACCGAUCGCCGAAUGCUGUGCGUCUGCACAGGACUCUUGACUUAGAUCUUUUGUUCUUUCAAACACAGGAUAAUUCUGAGCAUAUUCAAUUAAACUCAGAGAAACUUACGCUGCCUCAUCCACGUAUUUUACAGAGAAAUUUCGUUCUCUUUCCCCUCUGCGAUAUUCAGCCAGACUUGGUGCAUCCGGUGGAGGGAAAGAGCAUAAAAGAUGCCUUAUAUAAGAAUUUAAAAAGAAGAGAAGAUAUUUUAAAUAGUUGUUUCUCUGAAUCUUCUAAAAAAGGAAAAGCAGAUGUAUAUACACUGGAUGGAAACCUCGCAGUGCCUCGUCGUUGCUUCGCACCUAAUGAUAAUCAACUCUGGACAAUAAAAGGGGCUGCAGCUGAAGCAUCAAUCAGUGAUACACUGAGAUGGAUAGAAGAAGUACUAAGAAGAUAUGGAUUAGAAGAAACUGCUUCUACAGGUUCUCCCAAUGGGCUGCCAGAGUUUGCUGCUAGGCUAAUAAACCUCAGAGGCUUCUUAUUGCGAGAUCGCAAUGAGCCGAAAAUAAUGGGUAUACUAAACAUUACUCCUGAUUCUUUUAGUGAUGGUGGUAAAUAUUAUAAUAAUAUACAAGCAGCUGUGGAUAAAGGGCGAGAAAUGGUGUGGGAUGGAGCAGAUAUUAUUGAUGUAGGAGGCGAAGCAACGAACCCGUUCAUACAAGAGGAGGUGUCUGUACACUCCGAAAUAGAGCGUGUUGCUCCAGUUAUUGAGGGAUUAAGGGAGAAAUUAAGCAAAGAUAUAGUUAUUUCUGUUGAUACAAGAAGGAAAGCAGUUGCUGAUGCUGCGGUCGCUGCAGGAGCAGAUCUUAUUAAUGACGUCAGUGGGGGGGAGGAAGAUCCUGAAAUGUUUCGUUUGGUUUCAGCAAAGAAAUAUCCUAUUGUUGUGAUGCAUUCACGAGGAACUCCUCAGACAAUGGAUAGUCUUGCAACCUACGACGACGUCGUUAAUGAAGUGGCUGAGUACUUAACCGAUAAAACGAAUGCCCUCAUUAAAAUGGGACUUCCCCGGUGGCGUAUUAUUGUUGAUAUUGGAUUGGGGUUUGCAAAGACAAGCAAACAAAAUUUCGAUUUAUUAUAUCGAAUCUCUGAACUUCGCCGCAAAUUGCCCAGUGGCUUGCCCAUGCUGGUCGUGUUUGUUCGUUUGUUUUUUUGUUCGUACAUUUCGUUCUCUGUUUGUUUAUUUGCAGAUUCAUCGGGCGGGCUAUCUCCGAAGGGCUAA